CUAGUUCUCUAUCUUCAAAUACUUGUGCAUGGAAGGAAUAUCCAAGAUGGCAGAAGGAGACUGCCUCACAACUGCUAGCAAGGCAGCAGAAAUAGAGAGCUGAGUCAUUACAGGGCCACAUCGAAAAAGAAUAAAUAAAGAAAGAAAGGAAAGGUGAGUCUCCAUAUGAAUAUCCGAGUAAUCAAACAAUACUUACAGCAGAGACUCAGUUCCAAGAAAUCAAAACUGCUGCUGUUGGCUCUCUGCUGAUAUCUCAGCCUCUAAAGGUCAGAACACAUCAGAAAGAAACCAAACACUGGAUUUCUGUAACUCAGUACAACAUUCUUUAAGAUUCGGACAAGUGAGGAUGGUUUCAGGAACAGCAGUUGUCUUGAUGAUUGGUCUACUGGGAAUGGUUUAUCAGGCUAGACAGCUUCCUCCUCCUCAGAGGGAGAGUCCUCCUAGGAAAUCACCAAGAGUCAGACUCAGUGAUGGAAGACAUCUGGCUUACAGGGAGAGAGGAGUUCCCAAGGACAAAUCUAAGUACAAGAUCAUUAUUGUCCAUGGUUUUGGCAGCUCAAAGGAAAUGACCUUUAUGGCUCCUCAAGAAAUGAUAGAGGAGUUGAAGAUAUACUUUUUGCUGUUUGAUCGAGCUGGGUAUGGAGAAAGUGAUCCAAACCCUAAGCGAACUGUAAAAAGUGAAGCACUUGACAUUGAAGAACUUGCUGAUCAGCUGCAGAUAGGACCCAAGUUUUAUGUGAUAGGAGUGUCAAUGGGAUCAUACCCUAUCUGGAGUUGCCUCAAACAUAUACCACACAGGCUAGCAGGUGCAGCAAUGAUUGUUCCAGUAAUCAAUUAUAGGUGGCCUUCCCUUCCUCAAAAUUUGAUAAGAGAAGACUAUAGAAGGAGAAUUGUCCAGUUGGCACUCUGGUUUUCAAAAUAUGCCCCUGGGCUACUACACUGGUGGGUUACUCAGCAAUGGAUCCCUUCAACUUCUGUCCUAGAAAAGAACCCAAUGUGCUUUAGCACUCAAGAUCUAGAAAUCUUGAAGAGGAUACCAGGAUUCCCAAUGUUAAGCAAGGAUAGCUUACGACAAAAAGAAGUUUUUGAUACUCUCCGUCGUGAUUUUAUAGUGGGUUUUGGAGACUGGGACUUUGAUCCAAUUCAGCUAGAAAAUCCAUUUCCUCAAAAUGAAGGCUCAGUUCACAUCUGGCAAGGUUAUGAAGAUAAGGUUGUGCCAUUUCAACUUCAAAGAUAUAUUUCAGGAAAGCUACCAUGGAUUCAAUAUCAUGAAGUUCCUCAUGGUGGGCAUCUAAUUGUGCAUUAUACUGGUUUAUGUGAGGCUGUUUUGAGAGCACUUUUACUUGGAGAAGAACCUCUAAAGUUAGAACAAGUGCGUCCAUAAUUGCUUCUUAAUUUGUCACAAAAACAUUUCAUCAUUCAAAAUGUUUUUCAUGUAAGUAGAUUGAAUUUUAGAGAAUAUAAACAUGUUUCACAUUACAUUUAUCAUUUGAAGGGUUGAAGUGGAUACAAUUCUUUUUUUUUUUUUUUUUUUUUUAUACAUUUGACUCUGACCGGAUUCAAACUCGAGAUCUCUCAGCCUGGAGACGACUCUAGUACCAAUGAGUUAAAGCACAUUGAUGUAAUUCUUUC